CUAGUGGGAGGUUCCGCCAUGUAUGUGUGUGAAGACAAAAGCUAGGAACUGGACAUUUAUGGCCUGAAAUGUAUGUAAAAGGUUUUCUGAUAAUAAAAUGACUUCCAAAGUUAAGUCUGAUGGCAUGCAAUAUUCCUCUUGCCGUGUCAAUCUGCCAUCUCUCCAGAGGAGCCAAGCAAUUGGCAAUGAACACAGAAAUACCCAAGUCUUCAAUUCUGCCACAAGUUUAGACUCUGGAGCUGGAACAGUUUGCUCAUCUGUGGAUGUGAACAAAGACACCAACACAACUGAAUGUGUCUCAUUAGUGAAUACACACAAACCUGGAGAGGAUGCAGUUUGUGAAGUCUAUGGAGGAAGAGGAAUUGAUUUCAUCAAUAAAGGCUGCAACAUUGAAACCCUACCUUCAGAAAAAGGAGUAGAAAGUGAAGAAGAGGCAAAUAUUUGCUCUGAAGAGGAUGUGCUGAACUUCACCUUCAAAGUUUGUGACAAAGAGGGCACAGGAAAGGUUUCCACAUCAGUGAUCGUUCGUUAUCUGCAGGAAAUGACGGGACAAAGCUACAAGUUUGGCAGACUACAUGUAUUGUACAACAUGCUUGAUCCAGACAAAAGGGAUGUUGCUGUUGACUGUGAACAAUUCCAUUCCACAAUGAAAAGAUGGAUUGCAACUUGCUGUCAGAAAGGCCCAUCUGAUGAUAAAGCAGAUAUGAGAGAACAUUCUUCUGUUCAAUCAAUGGAUGGAGAGGAAACUUCUUGUGUGAUGGUCGGAACAUUGGAGGAAGAGAUGGGCAGCUCUAAAAUAUACUUUCAAAGUGACCACACGUUUACCAAGAGAAUAAGAUCCUUUUCCAGCAGAGAAAACAAUGAAUUAAUCAGUGAUGUUGCCGAUCUGAAAUAUGCAAAUCAGAAGUUACGAGAGCAAAACGCCAGUCUCCAGAAGGCCAUGGAGUUAUCAGAUGAGACAAACUUGCAACUAACAAAGGAACUCUCAAAGUUAAAGGGCCAAUUGAUGAGGUACAUCAAGGAAAAUGUUUUCAUUCUGAAAUUAAAAUGGAUCUGUAUUAGGUUGGAAGUAAGAAAGGAAGAUCUUGCAUUUCUUUAUUCUCAAAGCUCACUUCGCAGUUUAAGAAGUAUGUUGGAAGAUUUGGAAGAAGCAAAGACCACAGGAAGGGAUGCACAGGAGAAAGUUUGUCAGCUGCAGGCACAUUGCAAAGAACUGAAGAAGGAGAAUGAGGUACUUGUUGCACAGCUGUGGGCUGUUUUUGAAAAGAAUGAAAAGAUUGAGAAGGAUAUGCGGAAGCUAAACUAUAAGAUAGAUGAACUAUUAACGGAAAACGCUGACCUGACUAAGCAGAUUCAUGAGGCUCAAAAGCUGCUGAUAUCUAAAGAUGCUUUAAUUUUUGAGGAAACAGUUUUGAUUGAAGAGUUGAAGAUGUCUAACGAAGAAAGCUGUAAAAUCAUAGAGGGAUUGCGUGCUGAAUUAAAAGCAUCACAAGAGAAGGUUUGCCAAGACUUCUUUGGUUGUAAAAUUGGUCUCACAAAAUCCUCACUUGAACUUCCAAUGGUCUGUCCUGUCCAGUCUGAAAUGUCACUUCAGUUGGAAAUACAAGACAGCCAAAAGGCGGAAGAGACUGAAGGACUGCCUAACCCAGUGUGUGGUUUGAUGCCUCUCAAAGACCAGAGGGACUUUUUCCAAGAAAUUUUCAGUCACACAAAAGCUAAGAAACACAGCUCACUGUUCCAGAAAACUGUUGAUGAAAUGGAGUUGAAGAAAGAGCUGAAACAGACAAUGUUGGACAUUGUGCAGAGGCUUCACCUCCUGGCUCCAAUUAAAGAAUCUUGGGAAAAAUCUAUGGAAAAGCUGGAACAAGUCAGUGCCGAAUGCCAGCGACAGUACUUCAACACUGAACACAAUUUGGCCAACACGAUAAGAGAGUUGGAACUUCAGAAGAUUCUCAGGGAAGAGGCUGAAGAAAAAGCUGCUGAUGCAGUGCAAAGUGCAGAGGAAGCAAAGGCCAAGGAAAAGGCAGCUAUCAUAGCCAGAACCCUUGAAAGCAAGAAAGUUAAAAAAGCUUUGGAAGACAUGACUGCAGCUGAUGAAGAGCUGACUAGGGCUAGAAAUGCGGCCAUGGAAACAGAAGGAAAAUUACUGGAGUCCAACAAAAAAUUAGCUGAGGUGAAAGAAAAAUUAUCUUUAUCAGAGUUUGCAUUGUUUGAGCUCCAGCAGAAAGUCAAUGAGGACAAUGAAAGGACAAACGAGGCUAGGGAGAAGAUGAUGUUGGCCUUGGAGAUGGCGGAGAAGAGAGUGGAAACGUUUGAGACAAAGACCCGAGAGAUGGAGAAGAAGAUAGAGGAGACCAAGCAAAUAGUGGCUGUUGCCGAACUGAAAGCUGCUGCAGAAGAACAAAGAGCCACUGGGUUCCUGGCAGAGUUGGAAAGAGUUAAAGAGGAGACUGAGAGGGUGAAGGAACAUGCUAGGGAGACCUUACUAGAGUCCUCCAAGAAAAUGUCUGCAAUGGAAGAUAGAGUAGCCGAGGUUACUGAGAUGUUGGCUGCAGUACAACAUAAGGCUUCGUCAGCUCAGUGUAGAGCAGCAAUGGCAGAAGAAAGACUAUUGGCUAUCUUGGUCAGCGCGAAAAGGGCUGUGAAAAAAAUAAAUUUUCCAGCAGAAAAUGCAACUGAAGGAAUUCAGGUAAGGACCAUGGUUCCAGUCAUUAUUCUUCUAGAGUUUAACAAAAUCUGUGCAAUCCCUAUUAAGUUGUGGAUGCUGGGAAUCAUUGGUACUUUCGUGACUGACAAUGAGUGA